UCCAUUUUCUUCCCGAGGAUCGUCAGGGCGGACGGCAGGCAGCACCAUUUUAGGGAGACGCGUCGUCAAACUCUGUCUCUAGCAUUUACCUUUAUUGUGACUACGUCUAGUCUCUUAGGAAGCUAGAACAUUACAGUUUCUGUCCAAUCAAAAUAACACGAGAUACCGUGCACUGCCUCACUGUGCAGGUCCUACAGCUGCUAAAGCUAACCCCAGCCGACUGUAAGGCUUUUCUCUCGACCGACGGAACAUUCACUGAGACUGAAAGCGAAGUCUGUCAAAAUGAGUGCAGCCUCCUCCCAAAAAGUUGUCCUGAAAAGCACCACCAAAGUGUCUCUAAAUGAGCGCUUCACUAACAUGCUGAAGAACAAGCAGCCCACUGCGGUAAGCAUUCGAGCCACCAUGCAACAGCAGCAUUUGGCCAGUGCCCGCAAUCGCCGGCUGGCCCAGCAGAUGGAGAACCGACCUUCAGUGCAAGCUGCUCUGAAUCACAAGCAGAGCCUGAAGCAGCGCCUGGGAAAGAGCAACAUCCAGGCCAGGCUGGGUCGGCCUGUCGGGGCACUGAUGCGUGGAGGAGCUCCUGGAGGCAGAGGAGGACUGCGGGGGAUGGCCAGGGGAAGCCUCAGAGGACGAGCCAGAGGAGGAGUAAUGAGGGGAGCUCUGUCCCUGAGAGGGAAGCGAGUGCCUACAGGUGCCCCCAUGCGAGGUCGUGGCUCUGCUGGCCGUCUGGCGAUGCGUAGAGGAGGCCGCCACCGCGGAGGAGCUGCCGGCCGAGGGGGGCCUCUGUCCCGAGGAGCAGCAAGAGGAGGAGUAGCCAGAGGGCGUGGUGGACUGCGUGGGCGUGGUGGUUUUGCUGGUCGAGGUGGUCGCGGCCGCGGACGGGGCCGAGGCGUUGGCCGACCCUCUGUGACCCGUGAACAACUGGACAACCAGCUGGACGCCUACAUGUCAAAGACCAAAGGUCACUUGGAUGCUGAACUGGACGCCUACAUGGCCCAGGCAGACCCAGACAGUAUGGAGUAACCCUUGAAGGAUUCUGAAUAUGAAGCACAUGCAGAGUCACUGCAGAACUGUACAGCUGAACUCACUCAUACGGUGUAGUUUUGAUGUGCUGAGAAAUGAUUGUGUUCAUAAUUUAGAUGAGUGGUGACAGUCCAGGACUCGGCAGGAACUCAAGUUGUCAUCUGAAUGUGCUUCCACCACUAGUCAGUUGUGCACCAACCUGCUCCUGCAAAACUCUUUUCAUUCUGGAAUAACUGUGUGAAGGGACCUUUUUAAACAUUAACGAAACCUGCUGUCUAUACACUUAUGUUUUUUUUUUUUUUUUUUUUGUUUCUUUUUUAUAUGUAUAUGUCCUAAAACACUUUUUUUUAAAAAAAAAAGAAAAAACCUUUUGGACAGAUGUGUAAUGGCUUAAUGAUCAAUGAUCCAGAUGAUGUUGUAUUAGCUUUCUGUUGAAACCAAUUUUCAAUUAAACCUUUUUUUUUUUGUUCACUUUUAUUUAAUUUGAUUUUAGCAUUGGUGUGCGCAGACCUUUGGGGAUUCAUUAAACAGCUUAUUCUCAAAGCAUCGUCAAGGCAAAACUUUCUAAAUUAUGUGCUGAGAAAGAAUGUAUGCGAAAUGUCUUUGAGCCAAGUAUCUGUCCUUGUUUUGUGUUUGAAAGAUGUAGUACUUUGAAGGUUUUGUUUUUUGUUUUUUGUUUUUUUUAUCUCUGUAUCUUCCACUUGUUAGCAUUCUUUAGUGGAGGGUUGGCAUUCUGAAUUUGUACUUGAGAGCAUUUGUAUGACAUUAUCCAAAACAAGUCAAAUAGGUUUUAAUUAAAAUGGAAACGGUGA